UUUUACGUACAAUGGCAAGGCAUUUUCACAAUAUUGACGUCAUCUAACUGAUUUAAUCAAGUAGAAAGCCAUACAACAGUAAUUCGACAGAUAGGAAAAGCAAAAUUUAUGGACAGAAAUGGUUAAAUAUGCAGCAUUACUUGUGUGCGAAACGAAACAUUUAAUUGGUAUUGAAGUGCUACUCAUCAUAUUAUUUUUAGAGCGACAUAAUCGUCAUUGUAAAAUUAAUAAUAUAUCGAAUAUGCGAAUUAAAAAUGCCUAGUAGAUUGACGGGUGUAACUGCGCAUGCGCGAGUUUUCUUUUACCGCCACGCCUCUACUGAAUGACGUUAUAUUACUCAUUUCGCUCUGCCACUUUCAACGCGGAUGCAUUAUACCAACAAAGUUCUUUUCUUGCUACCGACGCGGCUGUCAAACGGCACAAAUGGAGCCAUUAGCGCCCAUGCGCCUUUACACUCUAUCUAAAAGACAUUUCGUGUUGGUCUUCGUGGUGUUCCUGGCGUGUUUCGGCCUCACAGUUGUUAUUGGAAUUGCAGGUCCAAAGAUUCUUUCCGAGCAGGUUUACAGUGGGGCUCAUCUUGCCAAAAAUGUAUCUGUAAAGACGGGACCGUUCGAACUACGUUCGCCACCUCUGACCACAUAUCACCAGCAGUUGUGGCUCACCUGUGUAAUACAGGCUGAACACAGUAAUGUGGGAGGCUUCCAGCAGCCUUUCGAGAUCAUCGUGGAUCUCAAGGGGGUUAAGCAGGACGCCAGUGUAGAGCACGUCAAAAGCGUACGCAGCAAGUCACGAACACUGCAUUGCAGCACAAAAUGUGACGAAAUCAUCGUGCUGCAUUUGGGCUACCUCAACUACAGCCAGUAUCAGGUCACACUCAGCUUCAAAGGGCUGGAAAAUAUCAGCUACAAUCUCAAGGUCAACUUUGUGUGGAAAACCUACAAUCCCACAUUUUCCCAAGUUGAGAUCUGGUUCCGCUUUGUCUUCGUAGUGUUGACCUUCAUGGUGACGUGUCUGUUUGCCCACUCGUUGAGGAAGUUUUCAAUGAGGGACUGGGGCAUUGAGCAGAAAUGGAUGGCAAUCCUGUUGCCUCUGCUGCUGCUCUACAAUGAUCCUUUUUUUCCUCUGUCCUUCCUGGUAAACAGCUGGUUUCCCGGAAUGCUGGAUGCCUUCUUUCAGGCACUGUUCCUGUGUGCCCUGUUGCUCUUCUGGCUCUGCGUCUACCACGGCAUUCGUGUUCAGGGUGAGCGAAGAUGCUUGACAUUCUACCUGUUGAAGGUGGUCAUCGUGGGCCUUCUGUUGAUCUCGGCUGUCACACUCGGCAUAUGGCAGACGGUCAACGAGCUACAUGACCCCACCUACCAGUACAAAGUUGACAUACAGAACUUUGAGGGUAUGAAGGUGUUCUUCCUGAUUAUCGUUGUCCUCUACACCCUCUACUUGAUCUUCCUGAUCGUCAGAGCCUGCUCAGAACUCAAAAACAUGCCUUACUCAGAUCUACGGCUGAAGUUCUUGACAGCACUGACAUCUGUGGUCCUGGCUAUAAGCUUGGUUAUUCUCUACUUGCGGUUCGGUGCCAAAGCACUCCAGGACAAUUUUGUGGCCGAGCUGUCCACUCACUACCAGAACUCAGCCGAGUUUUUGUCCUUUUACGGUCUGCUCAACUUUUACUUGUACACUUUAGCAUUUGUAUAUUCCCCCUCUAAAAAUGCACUUUAUGACUCCCAGUUGAAGGACAAUCCAGCUUUCUCCAUGCUGAACGACUCAGAAGACGACGUCAUCUACGGGAGCGAGUACGAAGAAAUGCCUUUACAAAAUGGACGUGCCAUCAAAGCAACCGCCAACUUCCAGGAUGAGAGCGAUAGCAACUGAUGUGGUACAUGCCGCAAACAAACAGAAAACACAUGAAUAUGUAAAUAAGAACUAUUUUCACAAUGAUACACGACAAGUGUAUGAUUGUAUAUAGUAUAUUUUUUAAACAGGACGUCUUCUCCAGAUUGUACUGUACUGAAGUUCUGCUGUAAAUGGGGGCAUCUAUUUAUUUAUUUUUUGCCGUCGGAAGCUUCAUUUGUUUUGCACAACGAGCAUUCCUUGACCACAUGACAUGGGACUAAAAAGGCCACUGUGGAAAGAAAUAUAUGAGGGAAGCCAUUAGGAUAUUAAGCUUUGGACAAGAAAAAAAGUCAGAACAUUACAAGAAUCAAGUUGUACUUAUACAAAAAUUAAGUUCUAAUGUUAAAAGAAUGAAAUUGUCAUGUUGCGAGAAUUAGUUUGUAACUGAAUGAGGAUUAAGUCCAAAUUGUACUAGAAUCUACAACAUAAAAACUUAAUUUAAAGACACACAUUACAUUACUUGGAUAAGUGAAGUUUUCCAAAAAGAGGCCUUAUUAGUACGAUAAGGGUUAGUCUUUUUUCUUUUAGACAUACGUUGGCUUGUAUCGUAACAUAACAUCUGCAAAAUUGCAACUUAUUCUUCAAAUUAUGACUCAAUUCUUGCCAUGUUUUGACUUUCUGAUUUCAACUUAAUGCUCCUAAUUAGACAUGUCACUCUUUUCAGUGUGAUCUUAAUACUGCUGUACUUAACGAGUCAUGCUUUUGAAGUUACGGGAAAUGUGCUAAUUAUUGGGGGGGGGGGGCUCUUCUCUAUUUUUUGGAUUUGUGUUGAAGACAAUCCACAUUUUGUACACUUUCUGUUCAACUACUGAUGUUUCUUCUACUCUACUGUUGUGGUUGUCAUUGCGAGCUACUGUGUGACAGAAUAAUGACAAAGUUUGACCAAAGCUGAGAUUUAACAUUGUGACGGUUGGGAAUUAAAAGCAGCGACGACUCUUCAUCCAUGUAAGUGCCAAAGCUGCAUUUUGAAGCCUCAUUUGUUACAAUUCAGCAAAUUGAAGUACAAUUAGUCCUGUGAAAAAAAAACAGGUUUGUAAAUGCACUUUUUUAAUUUAUAUGUUGACAUUUGAUACUGUAUUGUUUGGAUUAUGUAGGUUUGUACUUUAUUAUUGUUGAACAUAUCUUACAUACUGCUUUCCAAUCAUAUUUGCCUUUAUGUAUAUCUGUAAUACAGUAUAUGAUUAUGUUUUCUAAACAGUACAAUCCGGUAAUUUGCCAAAUAUUUGCCGUUCUUCCUUUGUUUACAGCCAAAACAAAUAUGUAUUCCAAUCGACAUGGUGCCUUUUCUUCACGUCAAACUUAUAUUUACGACAUUUACGAGCCCUCAUCUUUUGAUGUUGAAUGCAAUGUUGGUUUCAAGAGCUGUUCUAAAAAAACUACCUCUUGGAGAAUGAAAAGGCACAGUUGGAUCCUUUUAUUUUAUCAUCCGUGAUACAAUUGUGUAAAUGCAGCCAACGUGGCUGAGCUUAAUAUUCAGACAGCCAAGCCAAAAACACUGACAAUGCAGCACAUUGACUUGUUUUCCCAUUUUACUGCACAGCUUCCUGUUAGGAGACAAAACAAAAAUAGUACUGUAUUGUCACCUGUUGAAGAGUAGAGCAAAAGGGACUUUUUCCAGGAGGAAACACUUGCUUUUCACAUUACAUGUAAAAAAAAAUGUUAUUUCUUCGGGAACAUGUUUAAACCUUGUUUGAUAUCAGGAGAAAUAAAUCUGGUUCUGUGGUUAUUUUCACAGGUUUCGGUACAAUUUUAUUGUCUUUACCGUCAGUUGCGUUGUCCCAGUAGCAUGAGCUGGCUGUCUGCAGACCAGCACCGUUGUUCUGCAUGAUGACACAGGUGACUUAAAAGAAAUACAAUUGUCAUUAUUAGUCCUUGUUAGAUUAUGAAUUAUGAGAUAAAUGUUCCCUGUCAAUACUAACACUGACCAAUGUAUUUGAAAGGCUUUCCGAGCUUGCAAAGUUGACUCAGGCACUGCUCCACUAUGGUGGUACUCCACUGAUUCACACGGAAGUGUUGAUAGGAGCUUGUGCCAAUCGUUGUUUCUAUAGACUACGGUAGAGACCAAUGCAAUUCCAGUACAGUAAAUAUACUUAAUAAUUCUACAAUGUAAAGCUAACUAGUUUUGAUUCGACUCCAUGCAUAAAAAGUUCUAAAGGUUCACCUAAACAUGCGUGAUUGGCGUAUCCAUGGCAACCAACAGGCAGCUAAACGUGACACUUAGCUAGCCAGCUAGUAAAAUCGUAACAACAACAACAAAAACUAAAUUCAACUCACGUCUUUUAUUAACUUGGUGACGUCCUCCACGACAAAAGUAGUCUGUUGGCAACACAAGAACAAAGAAAAAAGUUAAAUCGUAGCGACCGUAUUAGCAUUACAUUUGUCUGGUGUUUUAACAUUUGUUUUUGAUGAUAUAUAUCCUAAAAGAUGUCUUUUUCAUACGUACGAUACUCAUAUAAUGAUACUCGCCUCAUCUUCAGCUCCUUCGUCCAUGGUGAAAACCUUAUAAAGUAUGUAGCUUCAGAGAACAACUUCCGGUAACGCGUUCAUGUCACAAUAAAAGCGUUGCUAUGACAAUUAACGACUAGUUAGAUAUUAAAUGUAAGGCAAGGCAAGGCAAAUUUAUUUAUAUAGCACAAUUCAACACAAGGCAAUUCAAAGUGCUUUACAUCACAUGAAAACCAUAAAAAUCACAUUUAAAUCAACACAACGUAAAAACCAAGACAAAAGAUCGCAUUUAAUCACAGAAUAAAAAUAAAUAAAUAAAAAUAAAACAAAAAUAGAAAUAAAGCAAAAACUACUACUAAUAAUAAUCAUUGAAAUCAGCAAUGGAGAUAAGCACAAGAGGAAUAGAAGGCAGGUAGAUUGAAAUAUAUAGACAGUUAUGGAUAUGCAGUGCUAAACAAAAGCGUUUUUAGCCCUGAUUUAAAUGAGCUAACGGUUUGAGCAUACUUCAGACCUUCGGGUAACUUGUUCCAGAGGUGAGGAGCAUAAUAACUAAAUGCUGCCUCACCCUGCUUGGUUCUUGUUCUUGGAACAUGCAGAAGACCCGUUCCAGACGACCUUAGGGGUCUAGAUGUCUCAUAGGAAUCUAACAAGUCAAGCAUGUAUUUUGGUCCAAGGCCAUUAAGUGUU